UUUAAAGCUCCUCCAUAGGCACAGUUCAUUUCGCUGUUUUGACCACCCAAACCCUCACCCUUUUCUACCUUCUUCAUGCUCGGUUCUCUUGCUAUCUAUCUUUCUCUCUCUGUAAUUCACACCUUUUCAUUUGAGUUUCGAAACCCUAGAAAUUCAGCAUCCAAGUAUCUCCUUUUUCGAUCUCUUCGUGCUUUCUCCUCGCCACGCACAACCCCCUCUGAACUCUCUUGUACCGUCGGAUUCCUGUUUAUUUGUGCUCCGCUCCUCUGACUGGAUUAGUAGAACCUUAAUUCGGUUAUUCUCUAUUUCGAUCUUCACCUUGUAAUUUCUGACGAUCCACUGCAAAGAUGGCUGAAGGCAAGGUUGAUCUUCCGGAUGAUCUUCUGUCCUUGAAACCGGCUGAUGAGCUAUGGGCCUCCAAAGAGGAAGCUUUAGGAGGACAUGACGAGGAAAAGGUCCCUGCAGGGCUUGUUGAUGAAUCAAAGGAUCAAGCAACAUCUGAGAGCAGCAUACCUCUUUCUCCUCAAUGGCUUUAUGUUAAACCAAGUGAGACCAAAACAGGACUUUCUGGAACAUCAGGGGUUGUGCAGGCUCCAAGUUCAUUGCCUCAUGGGAACUCCAUAGAUCCAGUUCAGAAAGAUGGCUGGCGUUUAGAUGUAUCUCAAGACAAGAAAGAUUGGAGGAGGACUGCAGCUGAUGUUGAAAGUAGCCGUCGUUGGCGUGAAGAAGAGAGAGAAACUGGCAUACUUGGUCGAAGAGACCGUAGGAAAGAAGAUCGACGUGUUGACAAUGUUACAACAAGAGAGACAGGUGAUGGUAGAGUCUUGCCAUCCUCUGAUAGGUGGCAUGAUGUUAACAGUCGUAAUCCUGGGCACGAAGCACGGCGAGACAGCAAAUGGUCAUCAAGGUGGGGUCCAGAAGAUAAAGACAAAGAAUCUCGAACAGAGAAGAGGAUGGAUGGUGAGAAAGAAGAUGCUCUUAGUGACAAACAAUCUAGUGGAGGUGGAAACCGUGCCGUUUCUGAGCGUGAAAGUGAUUCUCGGGACAAAUGGAGGCCACGGCAUCGGUUAGAAGUUCAUUCAAGUGGAUCAACUGCAUACCGUGCUGCACCUGGAUUUGCACUGGAGAGAGGAAGGACAGAGAGUACGGGAUUUACUCCAGGACGAGGGAGGGCUACCAUUAUUGGUAUUGCAUCAAUUACCAGGCCUUCACCUGCAGGACCUAUUGGUGCUCCUGUCGGUACAUUUUGCUAUCCAAGGGGAAAACUUCUUGACAUUUACCGCAAACAAAAGCUUUCUCCAUCUUUUGAUACCUUGCCUGAUGGGCUGGAACAAGUACCCCCAAUAACACAAAUAAGCUCCAUUGAACCAUUGGCUUUUGUUGCACCUGAUCCAGAAGAGAAGGCUAUCCUUAGUGAUAUAUGGAAAGGGGAAGUUACUGGCAGUGGAAUACUAUAUAAUUCAUCAAAGGACAAGAUUGGGAGUUCAAUUGAGGAUGCCACAGAUGCUGCUAUUGAUGCUUCUCAAACAAUUGGGACUGGAUCUGAUGACGGUUGCGCUUCAAGAAUGAACAUAGGAGAUGAGGUAGACAGUUGUCUUAAAAGGGGUGAACAGAAUGUCUCAUCAAUAAUGGCUGGAAUGGGUUCUGAUGGAAUUCCUCUAGCAGUUACGAAGAGUAGUGAUGGAUUUGUUGCUGCAGAUUUUCGUCAAGAGCACCACGACAUUGUGAUCAAAACUAGUGAAAGUUGGGAGUCAGAAGAUACUGCUGUGCGGAAACAUCUUAAAUCUGGGGAAAUUGAAUCAUCUGCUUCUUUGGAUAUCAGUACUAAUCUUCCUAAUGAUUCAAGCUCCCUAUUUGAUCCACCAUCACUUCUGCAAGCAUCUAGUAGCAGUAUGAAGUGUGUAAAGAGCAAUGAUGAAGCAAACUUAUUAGACAGUGGCACAUCACCUGAGGAUUUAAGUUUAUACUACCGUGAUCCUCAGGGGGAGAUUCAGGGACCAUUUCUGGGUAUUGAUAUCAUUUCAUGGUUUGAGCAAGGGUUUUUCGGAACUGAUUUACCUGUUUGUUUGUCGGAUGCCCCAGAAGGAACCCCUUUCCAAGAACUCGGGGAAGUAAUGCCCCAUCUAAGAUCCAAGGCAGGGUUGGCCUCUAGUUCAGAUCUUGUUUCUCGUGUAGAGCCAUCUGAUGCUAUUGGGGGCAGUGCGGGUGCUGGUAAAGCAUCUGCUGCUGGUCUUACCGGUGUUGUGGAUGAUCAAGGCUGGUCUUCAUCUGAAAUUGAGGUUUCUUCAAGUCAUCAUUCUCAGCCAUUAAUAUCCAAAUGUGAAGAUCCAAAAGAACCUUAUUAUUCUGAUGGCCAAGUUUUUCAUGACUUUGCCACCCAAGACAAGGAGGUUGUAUUUCCUGGGAGACCUGGAAGUAGCAGUGGGAAUCCAAUUGGCAAACCUUCUGAUAAACUUCAGGAUACAUUGGCAAAUUCUACCAGCCACCCAUUUCUGUCAAAUGAGCUGACUGAUUCUAUGGAGGACAAUAAGUUGCAUCCUUUUGGCUUGCUGUGGUCCGAACUAGAUGGAAGUCAUCUAAAGCGCACCUCAUCAUCCAGUAUGUCUUCCAGCAUUAGUGAUCAGGGCAACCUUAUGAAUUCUAUGGGUGGAAGAGAUGUCCAUUUUGCUGGCCAAAAGCAGAGCACUCUUGUUGGAGAGACAUCGUCUGGUGGUUUUGGAAGAACUACACUUUCUAAACAAAAUUUAUUUCAAGAUGCCAUUGAUAACAAUUAUUUGUCACAUGUGGAACAAGAACCCAACCGCUUUGAUCUAGCAGAACACUUGAUGUCACAACAAUUGCAAAAACAUCACCUACCACAGCAAAACAUGUUGUCUCAACAUCCUUUCCAUUUGAAUGGAUCAGUUAUAGACCAGUUUUCAGGUUCAUCUCUCCCACAGGAUAGGAAUCCUCUUCAUAACCAGCAAUCAAUUAAUCAACCAUUGCCUGAUUUGGAACUAAUAAAACUUCAAAUUCAACAGCAACGACAGCUUGAACUGCAACAACAGCAUCAGUUGCAGCAACAGCAGCUUCAUCGCCAUCAAAUGCAACUGCAGCAGCAACAGCAGCAAGCUCGGCAGUUGCUUCUUGAACAGUUGAUGCAUCAAAAGAUGCAGGAUCCUAACUUUGGGCAAUCACAUGUUGAUCCUGUCAGAGCUAAUAAUAUGCUUGACCAAGUUAUUUUCAGGCAGCACCUUCUACAUGAAUUGCAACAAUCACAUCCUCUUGUAAGGCACCAUGAUCCAUAUAUUGAGCAACUUAUCCAAGCAAAAUAUGGCCAGAGCCUACAACGAGAACAUCAUGAUGAUCUGUUGGAGAUCCUAUCACGAGCAAAGCAUGCACAAAUGCUUCCUUUAGAUCAGCAAAUUCUUCUUCAACAAGAGCAGCUAAAGGCACGACAGUUAACCAUGGCAUCAAGGCGACAGGCUGGAAUUGAGGAAGGAAAACUCAUUGGUGGAGUCUGGUCAGUUGAUGAAACUGGUCAGUUUAUCAGGAGUACUGCUAAUCCUCACCAGGCUCAGUCUGCAGGAUUUGGUCCGUUGGAUUUUUACCAGCGACAACAGAGGGCUUCCUCCUAUGAGGAGCAAAUAAGCAAUCUUGAGCAGAAUCUUCCAGUACAAGAGAGAAUUCGGCAAAGUAUUUAUGAACAGAACUCAUUUCCAUUUGAUUGGUCAAUGCCUUUGCCUGCUAAUACUCCUGGAAUGAACCUGGAUGUUGUAAGCACACUGGCUCGUGCUCAAGGUUUAGACUUUCAUGAACAUGAUCACAUGCACUCAGCCAGUCAAUUGGGUUCAUUCUCUUCUGGACUGCACUCUCAUCAUCCACAAGUUCCGAACCAGUUUCAUGCUUCACACCCUGAUGCAUUAGAUAGCCAUUGGCCUGAGAGCAAUGGGCAAGUUGCAAGUAACCAUGUAGCAGCUCGGGUUCAACAAUUGCAUCUUGAAUCAGAGCGACAGAGAAGGGAGCCAGAUGCUAACAUUGUUUCCACUGGAACUGGACCUGGUUUAUGGGCAACUGAAGGAAGUGAUGAAAAUUCCAGAAGGGCUAUGAUGGAAUUGCUCUAUCAUAAGUUCGGUCUUCAGUCUACUCAGCCAUUAGAAAUGGGCAAAAUCACUCCUACUCCAUCAUAUGAAAGGAGGGAACCUUCUUGGUUUUUUUCUCAAUCUAAUCCUUCAGAUCUCCCGUUUAAUCUCCUCCAAGAGAAGCAAACAGGGCUAAGCAAUUCUUUUGCAGAAGGGCUUCAUAGUUCUAAUUCAGUCAACACCCUACAGGAUCGGUUUGUAAAGCUGGGCAUGGAUGACCUAUCCAGCAGCUUGGAAAGUAAUGGAAGAUUGUCCGUUAGGUCUAAUUCUGGAGCAUUAAUUGAAGAAGAGCAGCUUCUGUCAGGAAUAAAUGAAUCUGGUCAGUCCUUUUAUGCUGAUUCUAACAUGACAAAUAAGUCAUCUGCAGAGAAUGACUUCUCAGAGGUGAAGGAGGGGAAGAAAGGGAAGAAACGUGUGCCUAAAAGUAAGGUUGCAAUUAGCAGAUCUUUUUCAGAGGAUCAGGAAAGCAUGGCUGAACAAUCAGAAGGGACUUUCAUGGACCAUGGGGACCUGCAAUUUAAUGCUUCAAUCAGGAAUGCAUUAGUUGGAAGUUCUGGUGGAAGUGCUGGCCUCUACAACUAUGAAAUGGGGCUUGCAGUUGGUGAAGAGAGAGCUAAGGACAAGGUAUCCAUCUUGUCUAAAGGGCUUAGUAACUCCUUGCCUAAACUUCCACCUGUUUCACGUGCGCACUCAUCACAGGAAUCUUUGUCCGAGCUAAGCACCAACAGAACCGUCAAAGAAAUGCAAGACUCUGGCGUGAAUCCAGCAAUCCAGGCCUCUGAACAUCUUGCAUCUAGCAAGAAAGAAAUACGAUUUCGACGCAACUCAUCUUGCAGUGUUGUAGAUGUGUCAGAAACGUCAUUCAUAGACAUGCUUAAGAGCACAGCAAAGAAACCUACACUGCCAGAGACUGAUCCCAGUGCUGGAGCUAUGGAGUCAUCUGAUGCCACGCAAGGAAGUCGAAGUGGCAAAAAAAAGGGGAAGAAAGGGAGGCAGAUUGAUCCUGCAUUACUUGGUUUCAAGGUUUCCAGUAAUCGUAUCAUGAUGGGUGAGAUUCAACGCCUUGAAGAUUAGCCACCUUCUCCACUUAACCAUUUUUUUUUGUCUUGAGAAGUGUACAGGUGUACAUCUCGUGUAAAGUUUGUAUGCGAAAAUUCUUUGAUUUGUUUAAAAGUUUCCCCUUGAUGAUGAGGUGAGAGGGCUAACUUCACGGGGGCGAGUUCCGAGUGUGAUGUAUGUCGGUCGGGAAUAAAGAUUUUGUAUAGACAGUCAAGAAUUUUUACAAGGAAUACCAAUGAUGUAAUUUUCACCAAUGAAUCCAAGUCAUCAGCAUUGCAAUUUGCAAAUCA